GAACGUUCCCUCAACAUGCUGACGCCCGAGGAGGUACAGAAAAUUUGGUUCCCGGAAAUUUUCUUUUACAACGAUGAUGGAAAUCAAUUUUCCAAUCUGGGGCAAGGAUCUCGAGUUGAAUUAAUUGCUGGAGGAACAGCUGUCCAAGGAGGAUCAGACAACUCGGACGAAGCGAACAUAAUCAGUGAAGGUGUUGUGGCGAUGAGCCAGCGCUACAACGUCCACUAUUCCUGUGAUUUUGAUCUUCUCAUGUUUCCAUUUGACGCCCAGGACUGUCUUAUGACCUUUGAGCUGACGUCGGCAGCUGCCUCCUACUUAAUGCUCAGGCCGGAUAACAUCACAUACAUGGGCAGGAAGGAUCUCGUAGAGUACACUAUAAGCGAGUUCAUAGAGAUUAACAGCAGCAUCGUGAGCGGGUACUCUCAGGUGAAGCUCGGUGUUCGCUUCGAGCGUCGCUACGGCUUCUACAUAAUCACUCAGUACAUCCCCACGGCGCUGCUGGCCGUCAUUGCGUAUUUCACGUUCUUCUUCGGCCCAAAAGAGUUUGAAUCGAGGAUGAACGUCGCGCUUACAGCAAUGCUUGUGCUAUCAUCUCUCUUCACUCAGGUAAUCUGCGCAUACUGA